AUGAAUGAAUUGAAUCCAAAGGAGAGAUCUUAUUGUGUUUACAAUAAAAAGUUACCGCUUUAUACGGAAAAGGGACCCAAAGGUCUCAUGGUAUAUAGAAGAUCUGACAAUACUGCAAUUGCACACACCAUUAUUAAAAAAUGGGAACUGGUAGCAGGUAUAUAUUGGGACAAGAUUAGUGGAAAGUAUCUUUCAAUUUUUUUCCGUGAUGGUUCAAUCAGAAUAAUAGAUGUUUUCAAAGAUGGUAAGUUAGUGGCUUUUCUAAGGACUCAGUUCAAAAAUGUAGAUUGCACAUAUUGGGAUCGCAUUGAAGAACAAACGACCAAUGAAAUGAAACAAUUUAAUAAAAAUAUAGUUGAUCUCAUGCCCUCUCUUAUCCAGUUUGUAAGUUCCGCCAAUAAGUUAUCGUUAAUUCCCUAUACGCCAUCUAAUGCGAAUUGGAGAGAGUUAGAUGCCAAAUGGAAGAAAAAUAGAGUUAUAGAUAUGCAUUGUUUACAUCAAAGUGAAACUGAUAGUUUUCUUAUGGUUUUAAAUGGAGAUUAUUAUUUAACUUUGAAAACACCGGAGACGGAUUUAUCUGAGAAAGUACCAGCAUGCUCCUUAAUUAAAAGCGCUAAUUCACUAUACCAGUGCAUCUAUAAAGAUGGCUCUGCAAGAAAGAUUGAUACAAGUUCUUUUUUAAGUUCGAAAUCAUGCAUAGAUCUAUUAGAGUGUAUUUUGUCGCUGAAAGACAUGUCAAAAUACACUCGAAAUCACUUGGAUUUAUUAGAGAGAGUAAUAAUAAAGCCUUACUUAGAUUUUUUGGAAAAGAUAUGUGACGGUGCUUUUGGUCGGGAAAAGCUUAUAAAUGAACUUAAGAUAACAUUCCUGUUAGGUACUAUUUCAGAUGAGUUACAAGAUUGGUUACAUUAUAGCGUCGGUGACAAAAACGUCACGCAGUGGAGAACAUUAUGUCACGAUGCUUAUCAACAAACAACAGAAUUAUUUACUAUAGCACUGAUGUGUGCAUGCGAGCGUAUGAUUUUGCUGAGCGAAAGAUGCUUUGGUCUUAUAAUGGCGUUUCAAUUCGAGAGUGGAGCGGAUGACAACAGUAGGUUACAUGAAUUAAACGAACUAAUGAGUAAUUUACAGGAUAUGCUAAAAUCUAUCAUUUAUACAGCUGAAGAAUCGGCUAACAAGUUUGAGAUGCUCAAAAUAUUUCUAAGCUGGUUAAACGAUAGAGUGCACGAGGAAUUAGAUGACGAUUAUAAACCUCAAUUGUCUAUUACUCAAAACUCCAAUACUUGCUAUAAAUUAGGUAAAUCGUUUGAAUAUUUGUUACAAGAGGGAAAAAAGGAUUCUGAAGACAUUCUAAAUUUCGAUAUUAUCAAGCAUACGCUGGAAAAGAUAGAGGCUAAUAUAUCUCGUAUGAACACAAAAUACAUAGAACCAAUUUUAGAGAAUAAAAUAGCUAUUGAUACUAAGAUACCUUUCUUUAAAGCUAACUAUUCGCCAGAGCUUACUGUGACGGUACGAGAUAUUGUAAAAAUUUCCCAAAUACCCUACGUGCUUUAUGUGGUACAGCUAUCUUCGGUGACACCUACACCCAUUAAUGAAGUUAGGGUUGGUACAGCCAAUAUAGAUGGCACAUCCACUAAUGAGAAAAUAUUGCCGCUAUCUGUGGUUCAAAUGUCAAAUGAUAUUGCUGUUAUCAAAAUAAUAGAAGAACCUAGUAAAAAAUCGAAAGAAUACGAAAUUAUAUGUAGCGGAGCUAAAGAAAUGAUCACCGUAUAUAAAACAACAUUACAUAUCAGAGACGGGAGAAUAGAGAUGGCUCUUGGCCCAUCUAAUUGA